GCUACCUCACUGCCCUGCCUGGCUUGGCAGGAGUCGUCUGAGAAGGGGACUCCUCCAGGGACUUGGUCCCUAAGUCCCCAGAUGGGGAGACUGAGGCCGUCGCUGUGUGUCCCUCUGAGGGUUGGAGCGGGACUGGGCCCGAAUUCGACCCCAGCAGGAUUCUCUCUCAUUUCUGAGCCCCGGAGGCGGCAAAGCGGCAGACCCGGGCAAGUGAACCCUAGGGCUGCAGGAGCCCAGGCCCCGACGCCGGCGCAGAGGGGAAGGAAGGGCCCGCCCCCAGCCCAGUGUGCACGGAGGCCACGGCCAAGGCCUUGAGGCUCAUCCAACCGGAGCCUCAUAUCCCCCCCACCGGCAGCCCGGCGCCCCAGCCUCCACCCGUGCCCGCCGAGAUGCUGCUGCCGCGGUCGGUGCCAUCGGAGCGGGCCCCUGGGGUGCCGGAGCCGGAGGAGCUGUGGGAGGCAGAGAUGGAGCGGCUGCGCGGCUCCGGGGCGCCCGUGCGCGGGCUGCCCUAUGCCAUGAUGGACAAGCGCCUCAUCUGGCAGCUGCGGGAGCCCGCGGGGGUGCAGACCUUGCGCUGGCAGCGGUGGCAGCGCCGGCGGCAGACGGUGGAAAGGCGCCUGCGGGAGGCAGCGCAGCGGCUGGCCCGGGGCCUUGGGCUCUGGGAGGGGGCGCUCUACGAGAUCGGGGGCCUCUUCGGCACCGGAAUCCGGUCCUACUUCACCUUCCUCCGCUUCCUACUGCUACUCAACCUACUGAGCCUGCUGCUCACCGCAAGCUUUGUGCUGCUGCCCCUGGCCUGGCUCCGCCCCCCUGACCCAGGCCCCGUCCUGAACUUGACCCUCCAGUGCCCUGGUAGCAGCCAGUCCCAGCCUGGCGUUUUGAGGUUCCACAAUCAACUUUGGCAUGUUUUAACUGGCAGGGCCUUCACCAACACCUAUCUCUUCUACGGUGCAUACCGAGUGGGGCCCGAGAGCAGCUCGGUGUACAGCAUCCGCCUGGCCUACCUCCUCAGCCCGCUAGCCUGCCUGCUCCUCUGCUUCUGUGGGACUCUGCAGCGGAUGGUGAAGGGGCUGCCGCAGAAGACUCUGCUGGGUCAGGGCUAUCAGGCACCUCUCAGCGCCAAGGUCUUCUCCUCGUGGGACUUCUGCAUCCGGGUGCAGGAAGCAGCCACCAUCAAGAAGCAUGAGAUCAGCAACGAGUUCAAGGUGGAGCUGGAGGAGGGCCGUCGCUUCCAGCUGAUGCAGCGGCAGACCCGGGCCCAGAGGGCCUGCCACCUGCUCUCCUACCUGCGGGUCAAUGUACUUAUCGGGCUCCUGGUGGUUGGGGCCAUCAGCGCCAUCUUCUGGGCUACCAAGUACUCACAGGACAACAAGGAGGAGUCCCUGUUUCUGCUGCUCCAGUACCUGCCCCCUGGGGUCAUCGCCCUGGUCAACUUCCUGGGUCCUCUGCUGUUCACAUUCCUGGUCCAGCUGGAGAACUACCCUCCCAACACGGAGGUCAACCUCACUCUGAUCUGGUGCGUGGUGCUGAAGCUGGCCAGCUUGGGGAUGUUCUCCCUCUCCCUGGGUCAGACCAUACUGUGCAUUGGCAGAGACAAGACCAGCUGUGAGUCCUACGGCUACAACGCUUGUGACUAUCAGUGCUGGGAGAACUCCGUCGGGGAGGAGCUGUACAAGCUGAGUAUCUUCAACUUCCUCCUCACCGUGGCGUUCGCCUUCCUGGUCACCCUGCCUCGGAGGCUGCUGGUGGACCGGUUCUCAGGCCGGUUCUGGGCCUGGCUGGAAUGGGAGGAGUUCCUGGUCCCCAAGAAUGUGCUGGACAUCGUGGCGGGGCAGACGGUCACCUGGAUGGGCCUCUUUUACUGCCCUCUGCUGCCCCUGCUGAAUAGCGUCUUCCUCUUCCUCACCUUCUACAUCAAGAAGUACACCCUCCUGAAGAACUCCAGGGCGUCUUCGCGGCCCUUCCGUGCCUCCAGCUCCACCUUCUUCUUCCAGCUGGUGCUCCUCCUGGGCCUGCUUCUGGCUGCAGUGCCCCUGGGUUACGUGGUCAGCAGCAUCCACUCCUCCUGGGACUGUGGCCUCUUCACCAACUACUCAGCCCCCUGGCAAGUGGUCCCGGAGCUGGUGGCCCUUGGGCUCCCGCCCAUUGGCCAGCGUGCCCUCCACUACCUGGGCUCCCACGCCUUCAGCUUCCCCCUCCUCAUCAUGCUCAGCCUUGUCCUGACGGUAUGCAUCUCCCAGACCCAGGCCAAUGCCAGGGCCAUCCACAGGCUCCGGAAGCAGCUGGUGUGGCAGGUUCAGGAGAAGUGGCACCUGGUGGAGGACCUGUCGCGACUGCUGCCGGAGCCAGGCCUGAGCGACUCUCCGGGCCCCAAGUCCCCUGCCUCCCAAGCUUCGCGCCCGCGGUCCUUCUGCCCCGGAUUCCCAUGCCCUGGCUCCCCGGGCCCCCAGGCGCCGCGGCCGGGCCCCUCCGUCGUGGAUGCCGCGGGGCUGCGUUCCCCUUGCCCCGGACAGCACGGUACCCCGGCCUCCGCCCGCAGAUUCCGCUUCCCCAGGGGCGCGGAGCUGUAACCCGGACUCCUGCCUCCCGGAAGCCUCCCUGGGGCCCCUCCAGGCCUCCUUACUCCAUCUUCCAGGCCCCUGGCGACCACCGCCCCCCUCAGUGGCUCCAGGGCCUCCCUCAGGGGUCCCCAAAGACGGACACACAACCCCAGGGGCAGUAGGAAGAACAUAGGGGAAUUUUCUCUGUAUAUUUUAAUCUCAUCCCUUUAAAAUGUCUAUUUUUUAUUGUGUUUUCUAUAAUAUACAUAAUCUAUUAGUACAGUA